UGAUAAGGCUCGAAACCUUUUCUGUUUUCUAUUCUGAUUCCUCUGUAACAGUUUUGCACUACCUGAGUAACCCGUAUUGGAAAUUCCUUAAGUUUUUGGAUGCCAGAACUUGAAAGUACUUAGCAAAAUGUUUUCCUCUAUUUGCCGGACGAUAAAGCACGAUUACAAACUUUACUGCAGCACACUGAGGGUGUGCUCCUCAUUGGCUGUGGAAAAUCAACAUUACAAAACCAGUGAUCCCGAUAGUUCAGUGAACCUCAACCAGAGAUUCCUGUAUCCGGAAUUCCUCCCCGAUCCAACUGUCAAAUGGAGGAAUUCGAUAAGGGAAAAGUUAGAAAGGACGGAUAUGUUGAAGCGAAGGAUGCAUAUAGACAUACCAGAAUUUUAUGUAGGCACCAUUAUGUCUGUGACUUCUUCGAACCCUCAUUCAUCAUCAAAAAUGACUACAUUCAUGGGCAUCUGCAUUCAGAGGCGAGGAUGCGGACUUAGAGCAGAGUUCACUGUUAGGAAUGUAAUCGACCAUCUUGGUACCGAAAUAUGUUACCAAUUAUAUGAUCCAAAAAUUAGAAAAAUUGAAGUGAUCAAGUUGGAAAAAAGGCUCGACAGCGAGCUUUUAUACUUGAGGGAUGCUUUGCCGGAAUAUAGCACUUUCCCUGUCGAUAUGGAACCCGAAAUAUUGCCGGAAGGCAGUCCAGUUCCUGUUAACACUACAAAGGUGAUAAUGAAACCAAGACCUUGGUGUGGAAGAUGGGAAAGAACGGAUUUCGAAGGGAUUGAUCGAGAACAUUUAAUGACUUUGAUCUCCGACAAAAUGAAAAUGCAAAUUCCAAAACAUAAAACACCUUGGGAAAAAUACGAUUUGAUGAAAAUAUACAGAAAUACAAUACCCGAGGAAGAACAGAAAGAAAUCUUCGCAGAGGUCAAUUCUUCACUUCAUCAAGUAGAACUUACAAAGAGGAAAGAAAAAAGGAAGAGAAUGUUUACUAGACCUGUUAAAUCAGCGUAAAACAUUUUAGUAAACAUUACGUUUGUAUAUAAUAGUAUGUAGUAUGAUUGCAUUAAAUCACAAAACAUGUUUGAAUUGUAAAAAGUUUUUAAUAAAAUUUUGCUAAUCUUA